AUGGAUCGCCGUCAAUCUGACGUUGCUUUAAACUUUCUUUUCCAGGUUCCAUCAGUUGGUGUAACAGAUGGUAAAAUUACACGUUCCCAACUCCAGAGCGAGCACGCAACUUUAUCAUUCCUUGUCUGCUCUAUCUACAACAAGCUCUACCACCGCCUUUUAAAGGUUGAGCACUCUUGCGGUGAUGGCUACUACAUGGUUGAUUACGAGUACAAGCCAAUCACCCCAGAACAAGCCGAAGCCAUUCAUAAGGAGUUAAAGGAGCUUUUGGACUCCGAUAUCAAGAUCACCUUAGGCCGUAUGGACCGUGAAAACCUUACCCAGUUCUUCAAGGAUCACGGCUACUACGAUAAGCUUGGUCUCCUCAAGACAUGGCCAGAAGACCUCAUCCAGUGCGUCAUCUGCGGCGAGUUCAUCGAUUACACAUUCGAGCCAAUGUCCACUGAUAAGGAGAGACUGAAGAUCUUCGACAUCAAGGCUUUCGAACACGGUAUCAUCCUCCGCUUCCCAAUGCUCCUCAACCCAGAGAAACUCCAGGAGUGGAACGACCCACGUGCCAUCUUCGACAUGUUCCGCGAGUACCGUGAAUGGGCAAAGCUCAUCGACUGCGAGAAUGUCGCCAAACUCAACUCCAUCAUCUUCAAGCGCCAGAUCGAUGACCUCAAGUGGGUUUGCGAAGGCCUCCACACACAGAAGUUCGCUAAGAUCGCUAAGCAUCUUUACAAGAACUUCAAUCAGAAGCGUGUUGUCACAAUCGCUGGCCCAUCAUCAUCCAACAAGACAACAUUCGCUCUCAGACUCGCCAUCGAGCUCCGUGUCAAUGGAUUCAAGUCCACAGUCAUUUCUAUGGAUGAUUACUACAAGAACACAUGCGAUAUUCCAUACGGCGAAGACGGCCUUCAGGACUUCGAGAGCAUUGAUGCCCUCAACGUCGCUCUCCUCGGUGAGCGCGUUACAAAGAUGCUCAAGGGCGAAACAGUUCCAACACGCCGCUUCGACUUCAAGUCAGGCCGUGGCUCAGAUGAUGCUACAAAGCCAAUGGCCCUCCAUGAUAAGGAAUUCCUCAUCAUCGAAGGUAUCCACGGUCUUAAUCCAGAGCUCCUUCAGUCCCUUGGCCCAGACAAUGUCACACCAAUCUACGUUUCAGCUCUUACACCACUCAACAUCGACUUCAACCACCGCUUCCCAACAUCAGAUCUCCGCCUCAUCAGACGUAUUGUCCGUGACUUCAACUUCCGUGGUUAUUCACCACGUAAGACAAUCAUGAGAUGGACAUCCGUCAGAAUUGGCGAAGAGAAGAACAUCUUCCCAUUCCAGGGCAACGCAGAACUCUUCUUCAACUCAUCCCUCGUUUACGAACUUCCAGUCCUUGCCAUCCAGGGCAAGACACUCCUUGCUGAGGCUACAGUCCCAGAAGAAGGCGAAGAUCCACACUCUAAGGAGUCCGAAGAGAUCACAAAGGAGGCCCGCAGACUUCUCAACCUCCUCAACGUCUUCUACCCAAUCUCAUCUGAGAUCGUUCCUCACAUUUCUUGCAUUCGUGAGUUCAUUGGUGGCUCAGAUCUUAAGUACUAA